GUCAGCUGAUAGAAAAAGACCAAAACAUCAAAUAUCAGAUCAUUGAAUCCAGCUUAUUAUAUUUGUUUUUCUUUCCAUCGUCACACACUCGGCAUUGGGUUUAUUGAACCUGAGAAAACGAAAAGAUUCCAAAUUCUGAAAAACCAGAAAACCGAGACUUGAACUGAGAGGUAGCUUUCAAGCUUUCGACAACUGCUACAGAUCACGUUUUGGAUUGCGUUUUUCUUUCUGUCUGGGCGGACACACGUGAAACAAAUCACAAAGAAGUGAUUUUGUUGCCUCAGAUUUUCUGGGUGAAAUCACCACUAUCCAAGUUCAUCUUUGGACAAGAUGCUGUGUGCUUGUUCAGGAGAGCAAUUCAAAUUCGAAGAGCCAGAGCCACCUCACUCGCCGGAGUCACUUGCCACGAGGGACUUUUCGGCCAGUGGUCUUUCGUCGAGGACCGGAGACUGGGAGUCAAAAUUUGAAGACAUCCAAGUAGAUGAAGCUGAAUCCACUCUAAAAGAAGCUCUAUCUUUGAACUAUGAGGAAGCCAGGGCCUUGCUGGGGAGGCUUGAAUUCCAAAGAGGGAAUUUUGAUGCUGCCCUUCAGGUGUUUCAAGGUAUUGACAUUAGAAGUUUAACUCCAAGGAUGGCCAAGGCCAUUGUUGAGAGAAUUAGGCAGAAAAAACCACGUCCUAAAGGCGGUCAUGUGCUUCCCAGUGUCAUGUCUAUGCACUCUGUGAGCCUACUUAUUGAAGCUAUAUUGCUUAAGGCAAGAUCACUGGGGGAACUUGGAAGAUUUAUAGAGGCUGCAAAGGAGUGCAAAGUUAUUCUUGAUACAGUUGAGUCGGCACUACCUAAUGGAAUGCUUGAUGACAUCUGUGAGGACUGCAAAUUGCAGGACAUGUUUCACAAAGCACUGGAGUUGCUCCCCAGUUUAUGGACAAAGGCAGGCUAUCUUGACGAAGCUAUUACUGCAUAUCGCCGGGCUCUAGUCAAGCCAUGGAAUUUGGAACCUAAGAGGCUGGCUGAUGUUCAGAAAAACUUAGCUUGCACGUUACUCUAUGGUGGUGUUGAAGCAAGCCUUCCUCCUCAGUUACAAAUAUGGGGCACAACUAUGCCCAAAAAUAAUACAGAAGAAGCACUUUUGUUGUUGUUAAUACUUAUGAAAAAGGUGGCUUUGCGCGAGAUAAAGUGGGAUCCAGAAAUUAUGGAUCAUCUGACUUAUGCACUUUCUGUUACCGGAUUGUUUGAAUUAUUAGCAGAUCAUGUGGAGCAAGCACUUCCGGGAUUAUAUAGACGAGCUGAGAGAUGGUACUUUCUUGCUCUUUGUUAUAGUGCCUGUGGACAAAAUGAAGUAGCUUUGAACCUUUUGAAAAAGGUUGCAGGCUGUUCCGAAGCAAAGAACAAGCCCCACUUCCCCUCUUUUCUCUUGGGAGCAAAAUUGUGUUCCCAAGAUCCAAUUCAUGCUCGUGAAGGGAUUGCAUUUUCGCGUAAAGCCAUUGACUUGGUAAAUUAUCAAUGUGAGCAUUUCAUGGGUCAAGUUCAUAAAUUUCUUGGUGUUUGCUAUGGCGGUGCAGCAAGAGCUUCUGUAUUGGAUUCUGAAAGAAUGUUUUUUCAAAAAGAGUCUCUGAACUCUCUAAACCAUGCUGUUCGUAAUAAGGAGGAGAAUCCUGAGGUCAUGUUUAGUCUUGGCCUGGAAAAUGCAGUGCAGAGGAAUCUGGAUGCAGCUUUCAAUAAUGCAAUGAAGUACUCCGAUAUGAUGGCUGGCAGCUCAGGACAAGGUUGGAAGUUAUUAGCCCUUGUAGUUUCUGCAGAGCAGCGCUUCAAGGACGCUGAAACCGUAGUUGAUUUUGCUUUGGAUGAAGCCGGAAGAGUGGAUCAGUUAGAACUGCUCAGAUUGAAGGCUGUGCUACAAGUUGCUCAAGAAAAUCCCAAGCAAGCAAUAGAAACCUAUAGAAUAUUGCUAACUCUUGUUCAAGCACAGAGGGAUCUGCAAGCUAAAAACUCUGAGCAAGAGCCACCCUUCCAUUCUGAGGCAUUUGUGGAAAGUAAUUUGGAGAAGGAAGCCUGGCGGGACUUGGCAACCAUUUAUACAAAACUUGGUUUGUGGACUGAUGCAGAAAUAUGUGUCAACAAAGCCAAGUUGAUUGAAUUUUAUUCUGCCCAUAGUUGGCAUACCACAGGUAUGUUGUUUGAAGCUCAAUCACAAUACAGGGAAGCCCUAAUUUCAUUCUCAGUCUCAUUGUCAAUAGAGCCAGAUUAUGUUCCAAGCAUUGUUUCUACUGCAGAAGUAUUGAUGAAACUUGGUAGCCAAUCGCUCCCUAUAGCUAGAAGCUUUUUAAUGAAUGCGCUAAGAUUAGAACCAACGAACCACGAGGCAUGGUUGAACCUGGGAUUGAUUUCGAAAAGGGAAGGCUCCUUACAACAAGCAGCAGACUUUUUUCAAGCUGCACAUGAUCUUCAGCUGUCAGCUCCAGUUAAAAGUUUUGUGUAAUAAUUUUGUGGCUUCCCAAUUAUUCUCAAGCAUACAACUUUGAGAAUAAUAGACUUUGUACGUAUAGGAGGAUGGUUAUUGCUUGUUCCACUGAUAAAUUGUAGUCGAAAUUAUGUCACUAGAUGGAGCAACUAUAAACGAAACUAAAAUUGUUGCACAGAGAAAUGAAUGGCCAGAUUUCAUUAUUAGAAGAUGCACCAAAGCAAGAAUUUUGCAAUUGUUAUUGUUCUCCUGACAUUCCAUAUACACAAUAAAUGACA